AUGGAAAAAGUGAAGAUUAUAGCUUUAGAACAUAUUAAUUCCAAUAAUUAUAUAGAUGACUUUUAUGAAUCAAACAGUCAAAUGUUUUGUAUCGCUUGUAGACAUAUUGUCAAUCACACCAAAAAAUCUAUAAUUAAUAAUCAUCUUAAUUCCACAACUCAUAAAAAUAGAAAAAAUAUGAGAUUAUUAUCAAAUGAGCCGAAUAUAGUAGAAAGGCAAGAUAUCAAUUUAGCAUUAGCUAAAGCAUUU